ACAGGCUCCCGAUGCCAGAACCAUCUUUAUUCACUGGUGACCCAAUCCAGUUUAUCGAGUGGAAAGCCUCAUUCAUAUCGCUCAUAGACAAAAGGAAUAUUUCCUCAGCUGACAAACUGCAUUAUCUGAGAAAGUAUGUGGGAGGUCCAGCUCGAAAGACACUCGAUGGUAUCUUUUAUAGAAGUGAUGACAAUGCUUAUAAAGAUGCAUGGAACCGUCUCAACGAAAGGUAUGGUCAGCCCUUCAUUAUUCAGAGAGCUUUUAGAGAAAAACUGGCAAAGUGGCCAAGGAUUCAGCCAAAGGAUGCAGAAGGACUGAGAACAUUUGCUGAUUUCCUACACUCAUGUCAAGAAGCCAUUCCUCAUGUUAAAGGGCUUGAUAUUUUGAAUGACUGUGAAGAAAAUCAAAAACUGAUUCAAAAACUUCCAGAUUGGGCAGCAUCGCAGUGGAACCGAAAAGUCACACAAUCCUUGAAAGACAGGCAGGAGUUUCCUAACUUCCAGGACUUUGUCGGCUUCAUGUUAAUGGAGGCAGAGAUCGCCUGUAAUCCUAUCACCUCAUUCCAAGCCCUCCACUCAUCACAGCCCAGUGUAGAUAAACAUUAUCUGAAGGAAAGGAAGUCUAAAUCCAGUGUUUUCCAUACACAGACAGUUACAGAGGCUGAAACUCCAGAGCAGUUAAAAACAGAUUUAAAGCCACCAUGCAUGUUCUGUCAAGACUGUAAACAUCGCCUGCACUGCUGUCCUGGGUUCAAAAGAAAAUCUCUGGAUGAAAGAAGAAAAUAUGUAAAAGAAAAGAGACUAUGCUUUGGUUGUCUGAAGCCAGGACAUAACGCAAAAGACUGUCGUCACCGACACUCAUGUGACAGCUGCAAAGGAAGACAUCCUACACUCCUACAUGACGACGGCUACACUAAAACCAAAACCAUACCAGUUCCAAAUCAGAUCAGCGGAGACGAAGCAGCAACCACAUUGUCUCUCAGCGUGGAAACAGAGGAACCAUCGGCUAACACUUCAAUGAUCGUGCCAGUGUGGGUUUCCUCCAUCAGUAAUCCAGGUAUGGAAAGGCUUGUUUAUGCUCUUCUGGACACUCAGAGUGAUACAGUUUUCAUUGAACAGGAAGUUAACAACAGCUUACAAACUGAGACACAUCCUGUGAGACUGAAGCUAACUACAAUGAUUGGUAAAGAUGCACUAAUACACAGUCAAAGGGUCUCAGGUCUCAGAGUGAGAGGUUACUACUCCAACAUCCUCAUUGAUCUCCCUCCUACAUACACAAAGGACUGCAUACCAGUGAACAGAACACACAUUCCUACCUGUGAAACGGCAAGGCACUGGAAUCAUCUCACCACAAUAGCAGAUGAAAUCCCACCACAGCUAGAAUGUGAAGUUGGUCUUUUGAUAGGCUACAAUUGCUCAAGGGCACUGGCACCACGGCAGGUAAUACAUGGAGGAGAUGGUGAACCCUACGCAGUUCGCACAGACUUAGGAUGGAGUAUUGUAGGUUGUUCAUCACCACACCAUGACUCACCAAGCAUCACCAACAUGUGCCACAGAGUAGUUAUAAAAGAGUUUCCUCCAGUGACUCCAGCUGAUGCAAUCAGAGUUCUGGAGUCUGACUUUAAGGAUACCAGUAAGGAUGGAAAGGCUGUGUCUCAGGAUGACAUCCUCUUUCUGAAUGUGCUAAAGGAAGGAAUUCAGAUGAACACCCAAGGUCACUAUGAGAUGCCACUCCCCUUUAAAGAAAGACCCUACCUCCCUGACAAUAAACAACUAGCCGUUGUCCGGCUCAGUCAUGUUAAAAGAAAGCUGCUGAGAGAUGAAAAGUACAAGGAACAUUAUGUGAAGUUCAUGAACGAGGUGAUUGAAAAGGGUGAGGCAGCGGAAGUAUGUGAGCAAGGAAAGAAAGGAGAGAAGUGGUAUAUUCCCCAUCAUGGAGUCUAUCACUCCAAAAAACCUGACAAACUUCGUGUGGUUUUUGAUUGCUCCGCUAAAUACAAGGGAACAAGCCUGAAUGACCAUCUUCUGUCAGGCCCAGACUUACUGAAUAGCCUAAUCGGUGUACUCAUCAGAUUCAGACAGCACCAUGUAGCACUGAUGUGCGAUAUUGAAAAAAUGUUUCAUCAGUUCCAUGUGUGUGAAGCUGACAGAGACUAUCUACGUUUCCUCUGGUGGAAAAAUGGCGACCUGCAUGCGGACCCACAGGAGUUCCACAUGAAGGUUCAUCUGUUUGGUGCUGCAUCCUCACCAGGAUGCGCCAACUAUGGACUGAAACAACUUGCUAAAGAUCAUGAGACCCAAUUUCCCCUUGGCUCUGAGUUCAUCAUGAAAGACUUUUACGUUGAUGACGGUGUCACCAGCACAGCAAGCGUAGAUGAAGCUAUUCAGCUUGCAAAGGAAGCUCAGGAGCUCUGUUCUAUGGGUGGGUUGAGGCUGCAUAAGUUUGUGUGCAACAACAGAUCAGUACUGGAUAGUAUUCCGUCAACGGAGCAUGCUACUGAAGUGAAGGCUCCAAACCUGGCCUUCAACGAUUCAACGCUUGAGAGGGCCUUAGGUAUCCACUGGCACAUUGAAUCGGAUACUUUCAGAUUUCGUGUCUGCCUUAAAGACCAGCCAGCAACACGACGUGGCAUACUAUCAACAGUAGCCUCCCUCUAUGAUCCACUGGGCUUUGUUGCCCCUUUUCUGCUCACCGGGAAAAAGGUGCUUCAGGAAAUGUGCAGGCAUGGCACAAGCUGGGAUGACCCCCUCCCCAGUGAACUGCAACCAGUAUGGGAGCGCUGGAAGAAUGAUCUUGCAAAUUUGGAGGAAAUCACCAUACCGCGCUGCUAUGUGCCCGUCGGCUUUGGAAAAGUCAUGAAAAAAGAGCUACAUCACUUUUCCGAUGCAAGCACAUAUGGCUAUGGCCAGUGUUCUUACUUGAGAUAUGUAAAUGAAGAUGAAAGUGUUCACUGUGCUCUGGUUAUGGGAAAGUCCAGAGUAGCUCCUAUUAAAGUCACGACUAUCCCCAGGCUGGAGCUGACAGCUGCUGUUGUGUCGGUCGCAGCAAGCAACACCCUAAAGGAGGAGUUUGGUUUGGCAGAUAUUGAUGAAUACUUCUGGACGGACUCCAAAGUGGUCUUGGGGUACAUCAAUAACGAGGCACGUCGUUUCCAUACAUUCGUAUCAAACCGAGUACAGAAAAUACACCUCAGCACAGCACCCCAGCAGUGGAGAUAUGUCUCUACCAACAAUAACCCAGCAGAUCUUGCCUCUAGAGGUUCAAAUGCAAGUGAGAUUCUCACAUCAAGGUGGCUCUCAGGACCUCACUUCCUAUGGGAGAAGGAGAUUCCCCCAGCUGUAGAUGUCGUCACUGAAGUACAGAUUGGAGAUCCUGAAGUCAAAAGGAUUCAGACACUACACACAUGGACAUCUGAACAAGUGAGUCUUUCUGAUCGCUUGUCAAGGUUUUCUACGUGGUCAAGAGCAACUCAAGCCAUUGCUCGUCUCAUCCGUCGUGCUAGGGGUGAUAAAUCAACAGAUCACAGCACUGUACAGGAACGAGAGGACGCAUGGUGCAUCAUCAUAAAGGACCUUCAGACACAAGUAUACCCAGAAGAGAUAAAGUUGCUCAGUAAGACUACUCAAGUUUCUUCUCAGAGCAAACUGCAUCAGUUAGAUGCCUUUCUGGAUCAAGAUGGACUCCUCAAGGUGGGAGGAAGGUUAAAAAAUGCAUCCCUCCCUUCUUCAGUAAAGCAUCCAGUGAUCAUACCAAAGGAUCAUCCCAUCACCAAGAUGAUAAUUGCACAUUGUCACGAAAAUGUUCGACAUCAAGGAAAAUGUAUGACCAUCAAUGAGGUCAGAUCAAAUGGAUACUGGAUCCCAGGAAUCAAUAGAGCAGUGGCAGCUCACCUGCAUCAAUGUGUUACAUGUCGGAAACUCAGGAGAGUCACAGAAGAACAACGGAUGGCGGAUCUGCCUUCAGAGCGUGUAGACCCAUCACCACCCUUCACAUACUGUGGAAUGGAUUGCUUCGGUCCGUUCCUCACAAAACACGGACGCAAAGUGCAAAAGCGAUACGGCCUCCUUUUCACCUGCCUGUGCUGUCGAGCUAUCCACAUUGAAAUGUUAGACGACAUGUCAACAGAUGCCUUCAUUAACGGACUCCGUUGUUUCAUUGCCAUAAGAGGAGCAGUUCGCCAGUUAAAAUCUGAUCAAGGAUCUAAUUUCAUUGGGGCUAAAAACGAGCUAAAUGAGGCUCUUAAGCAAGUGGAUACAAAUCGUCUGACCACAUUUUUGGCUGACAGGCAGUGUGAUUUCAGCAUGAACGCCCCUCAUUCAAGCCAUGUGGGAGGUGUAUGGGAGAGGCAAAUUAGAACAGUGAAGAAUGUUCUUCGUUCCACUCUCUCGCUCUCACCAGGCAGGCUGGAUGAUUCCUCGCUGCGGACAUUUUUCUAUGAGGCCAUGGCUAUAGUGAACAGUCGUCCUCUGACAGUCGACAAUCUAAGUGAUCCAAAGAGUCCAGAGCCACUAACACCCAAUCACCUGCUCACUAUGAAAUCUAUCACAGCCUUACCACCUCCUGGCAGAUUCAUAAGAGAGGACAUGUAUGCUCGUAAGAGGUGGCGUCACGUUCAAUAUCUCUCAGAGCAAUUCUGGAGUCGCUGGAGAAAGGAGUACCUCUUUAAUAUUGCUACUAGACAGCGCUGGCAUACUCCUAGAAGAAACCUCAAGGUCGGCGAUAUUGUCAUGGAGAAGGCAGAUGAUCUGCCACGGAAUGAGUGGAAGUUGGCCAAAGUUAUAGAAACAGUGACUGAUACAGAUGGACUUGUGAGAAAGGUAAAGAUUCGUGUUGGAGAUCAAAAGAUGGGAAAGGAGGGACAUCGUUCUGGCAAGCCAUCCAUCGUCGAACGUCCUGUGCAGAAGCUGAUCCUGCUUUUAGAGACUGUUUAACCACCCUCUUCACUCCACAGAUAUAUCCUUUGCAGUAUGAAGAGUUUUUCAUGGGCAUUAUCAUUGACUAAAGUUUUAAGGGUCAAAGGUCAGAUUGAGUCAUAAAAUUAUUCAUGCUUUGUACCCCAUAUUGUUUUGAAAAGCACUCAUAAUUUGGUGGGAGUGUAAAUGACCUUUAAUAUGCCACAGUGUAUUUUCAUAAUGUUUCAUUUCCAUAGUUAUUUAUUUUAUAAGUAAUCUCCUUGAAA